AUGUCAGCAACGAUAUUUCGGAGGAUAUUUGCGAUAAAAGUGAUAUUUCGAGGUAUUCCCGCACUAAAACCAAGAACAACUAGUAACAUAAAACAGAUAAAGAAUCAUCAAAAAUCUAUAUAUACAUAUACAGCGCUGGGUGCUGACGACAGACUCAUACUUACAAAUGCCGAAUGGAAAGAACGUCUAACACCGGAAGAGUACUACAUCACACAUCAGAAAGGCACAGAAAGGCCCUUUACUGGAGAAUAUUAUAAAAAUCAUGAAGAUGGUGUCUAUGAAUGUGUCUGCUGUGGAACAAAGCUGUUCAGUUCGGCAAGUAAAUAUGACAGCGGAAGCGGGUGGCCCUCAUUCUUUGAGCCAACGAAAUGCCCCGUGGACAAUACCGAUAAUGUAAAUUUAAUUGAGGAUACUUCACAUGGCUUGAUUAGAACUGAAGUCACAUGUAAAAAGUGUAAUGCUCAUCUCGGCCAUGUGUUUAAUGAUGGGCCACCACCAACAGGGAAGCGAUACUGCAUCAACAGUGCUUCAUUGGACUUUGAGAAAACACCUUCGACUCCCAAUGAACCAGAACAAUAAGAAUAACCACACAUAGUCAGUCUUGCUACAAGUCCUUGUGUCCCCCACACAGGACACCUCUGGGGGUGAAAUAGACUGGAGGGGGUUCAGAGACUUGAAGCAAAUUUAUCAAAUAUGAUAUAACACAAACAUUUAUCAGGAAACUAUACAUUUAUUUGGACUAUAUUU